AUGGAACAGGAUAACCUUACGAAACAGAUCGAUGAAGUGGAAGCUCUAACAGCGAUAUAUGGAGAUGAUUUCGUGAUAGACAGUGAAGAACUGAGAUCUUAUACAGUAAAGAUUAAGGACAAUAAUAAUGAAGUACUUUUAAGCGUGACUAUGCCAGCUGAAUAUCCUAGCGAAGCACCUCCAAAAUACGAAUUCUCUGCUCCCUGGAUGGAUAGAAAAGCUAAAGAAAGUCUACGGCACAGUUUAGAUGAAGUUUACUUAGAAAACCUAGGAGAGACAAACCCUGUUAUUGAAGAGACAUUAGAUUUAUCACAGCUUGAAAUUAAUUGCCCAGACAUAACACAUGGAGAUGUUAUAAUUGACAGAAAAAGUUCAUUCCAAGGACAUGCUGCUGAAGUACAUGGUAUAAAUGAUGUUAAUGCAGUCCUAAUAAAAUUAAAGCAAAAUAAAAAGAUUCAGAAUGCAACACACAAUAUGUAUGCAUACCGUAUCGAAAAGAAGACAGAUAAAGGGAUAACUAUACUUCAAGAUUGUGAUGACGAUGGGGAGACACAUGCAGGAGGAAGGAUGCUGCAUUUAUUACAGAUUCUGGACCAAAAGAACACAAUAGUUGUGGUGUCUAGAUGGUAUGGUGGUAUACAACUAGGUCCAGACAGAUUUAGACAUAUAAACAAUGCGACCAGACAGGCCAUACAACAAGCGGGGUUGCUUAAGAAAUGA